CCUCGGCAAGCGUGGCGUGGCUUGCUCAGUUGUACAUUAGCUGUUGUGGCGGUAAGUCGCGCUGAAGGUAGAAGUGCUGUUCCUGGUGAUCGCUGCCGGUACCGCGUUUGGCAAGCAAGGAGUUGCUAACUCAAGUUCUCUUUCUGUUGCGUCCACGGUUGAAACCGGUGUGAGUCUUCAACAACCCGUCCAUAAACCCGUUGUUGAAAGAUGACUUCUGGAAUAGCAGGAUGGGUAACAUGUCGCCAAGUGUUGAACAUUAUGGUGAUCUUCGGAUUCAUGCUGAACUAUGCGCUGCGCGUGAACUUUACCAUCGCCAUUGUAGCCAUGACAAAAACUUUGGUAUCCAACAUCACGGGGACAGGCAGCGAUAGUACCGAGUUUAACUUGACCGAUAUAUCAACGACGACCGCGCUUCCCACUACCACCGAAGUGUCCGCUAUCAGGGAACAAGACAAGUUCGAGUGGAAUUCCCAGGAGCAGAACCUCAUGCUCGGCAGUUUCUUCUGGGGUUACGUUCUGACGGAGCUGCCGGGAGGCCGUUUGGCGGAAGUCGUCGGUGGACGGCGGGUGUUCGGCUACAGCAUGCUGGGAGCUAGUUUGCUGACGUUGCUUACCCCGUUGGCUUCCAAUACGCACUACAUUGCCGUGGUGAUCCUUCGGGCGGUGCUCGGAUUCUUCCUCGGUGCGUCCUGGCCUGCCAUUCAUCCUUUGACGGCCGUCUGGAUUCCGCCGAUGGAUCGUUCAAAGUUCAUUGCCAACAUGAUGGCUUCCUCGCUCGGUGCUGCUAUCACGAUGCCGAUCUGUGGAUUCCUGAUUGACAAAAUCGGAUGGCAAAGCGUGUUUUACUUCACCGGCGGGUUGGGUUUCAUCUGGUCCGUUGUCUGGUUCCUGGUAGUGUUUGAAACGCCCGCAUUGCAUCCUCGUAUCACUCCGGAGGAAAGGAACGAAAUCGAGUCGGCCAUCAAUGCGGCGGGCAAAAAGAAGAAACCUUCGUAUGUGCCUUGGAAAUCGAUCAUUACCUCGCCUCCAGUGUGGGCCAUUAUUCUCACGCACGGUGCUUCCGUGUUCGGUUUCUUCACUGUUGUCAACCAGCUGCCUACCUACAUGAAAUACAUUCUACAUUUCAACAUCAAAGAGAACGGAUUACUGUCGUCUUUGCCAUACUUUGGAAAGUACGCAAUGGCUGUUAUUUCGUCCUAUUUGGCCGAUCAUCUACGCAAAACUGGAAAGCUGUCGACAACUGCCACGAGAAAGAUUUUCACCGCUUUCGCUGUAAUGACUCCUGGUUUCUUGAUGAUCGUUCAAGUGUACAUGGGAGAGAACCGUUCGUGGGCGGUGGCUAUUUUCACCCUUUCCCUCUUCCUCAACGGUGCCGUAACGGCUGGAUAUCUCGGAAACGGUCUGGAUAUUGCACCCAACUUUUCGGGUACAAUUUUCGGCAUGGCCAAUACACUCUCGUCGUUCGGUGGUUUCGUUUCGGCCUAUAUGGUUGGUCAGCUCACGAAAGAUGGUCAAACCUAUGGACAAUGGCAGAUCGUAUUCUGGAUUCUGGCUGUGAUUUAUAUAACGGGUUCAUCAGCGUACGUGUUGAUGGGUACGGGUGAGCUGCAGGCAUGGAACAAUCCUCCGGAGCCCGGAGAUGAUAACCGUGAGACGGAAGAAGGUGUCCCACUGAAUCAACGCAACGCGGUGGCGACUAAGUAAAGACAGUCGCUAUUCUCGGGAUCCACGUUCUUUCGGUAAACCAACUGGCCACACCGGUAGAACGCACGCGUGAAAGAGAGGACAGUUUAAUUCGAAAUGAACCGCGGCACAUGCUGAAUUCAAGGGAUGCAGAUUUUAUAGCAUUUAAUAACUUAUUCUUUUAACAACCCUAGGCAUGGCCGGUGCGUGAAAAGCAGGUAGUAUUUUGUAGCAAAUUCACUGUUGCAAUGGCUAGGGAAUGGAUUAGUUGAGGGGUGGUUAUUUUUUUCGUAGAGGAAAAUAGGAAUGUGCAGGGAUAUGUCGUAGAAACAGCGAGUGGUGUAAAUCGUUGAAUCAGGGGUUUGACUUAAUUUUACUGUACAAAAACGCCAAGGUUAUCGAACGGUUCAAGAGAGAACGGAAAACGAAACGCGCGGUUACGUUUUGAAGGAUGCCGGGAAGGAAAUGAAAUAUUUUCAUGUUUUAGUGAAAAUGAACGGAGCCAACAUCUAGCAGCGAUGUUGCCGCCAUGAUUAAGCAAUGACAUCGAACAUGACGAAAAAGCACGGCUGGAUCUGAGGAAGACGCGGAUACCUUGCCGCGUUUCAUUCUCUCCUGGCGGUGAUCCUUCAAGAACCAGCCAACACAGAAGGUGUUUCUCCCUAGGAAAAGUUACAAAGCAGAUUUCUAAGAACGUGCCUUUACAAUGUUGCUGUUCGAGUCAACGUGGAUGCGAAUCUUGUUAAAAGUUUACAGUGCAAAAGUUUUACGAAACGAGUACAUGCGCUUUAGAGAAGUAGCGACAGUUCACACAACAUUACAUAGAAAUCAAUCUACUUAACAGAUGGUACUUGAUAUUUUAUUUACAACAUGUUUUUGUGUAUCAUUCUACACUGGCGCGUGUACUGAACUCAUUUUAACUUGAAUGUAAAAAAUAAAAUAAAAACUUUUUGG